UGCGGGAGGGGGAGAGGAAGCGGGGGGUUGCAGCCCAUUCUGGCCUCUCCUCCCUGGUAUAAAAACUCCAACACCAACAUUUUUCCUUCCUCUUUCUGUUACCUGGCUAAGGGGAGCAGCUGCUGUGGAGUUAUCAUAUAACACCGAAACUUAAGCAAUCAUGGGCAAGGAAAAGAUCCACAUUAACAUCGUGGUUAUCGGCCACGUCGACUCUGGAAAGUCUACCACCACCGGCCAUCUCAUCUACAAAUGCGGUGGCAUCGACAAGAGAACCAUUGAGAAGUUCGAGAAGGAAGCCGCUGAGAUGGGAAAGGGCUCCUUCAAGUAUGCUUGGGUGCUGGACAAACUGAAGGCUGAGCGUGAGCGUGGUAUCACCAUUGACAUUGCUCUCUGGAAGUUCGAGACCAACAAGUACUACGUCACAAUUAUUGAUGCCCCUGGACACAGAGACUUCAUCAAGAACAUGAUCACUGGCACAUCUCAGGCUGACUGUGCUGUGCUGAUUGUUGCUGCCGGUGUGGGUGAGUUUGAGGCCGGUAUCUCCAAGAACGGACAGACCCGUGAGCACGCCCUCCUGGCUUUCACCCUGGGAGUGAAGCAGCUCAUUGUUGGAGUCAACAAGAUGGACUCCACCGAACCCAACUACAGCCAGAAGCGUUACGAAGAAAUCACCAAGGAAGUCAGCGCUUACAUCAAGAAGAUCGGUUACAACCCUGCCACAGUUGCCUUUGUGCCCAUCUCUGGAUGGCAUGGAGACAACAUGCUGGAGGCCAGUGCAAAGAUGCCCUGGUUCAAGGGGUGGAAGGUUGAGCGUAAGGAGGGCAAUGCCAGUGGUACCACCCUGCUGGAGGCCCUCGACUCCAUCCUGCCCCCUGCCCGCCCCACCGACAAGGCCCUGCGUCUCCCCCUGCAGGAUGUCUACAAAAUCGGAGGUAUUGGAACAGUACCCGUGGGCCGUGUCGAGACUGGUGUCCUGAAGCCCGGCAUGGUUGUGACCUUCGCCCCCUCCAACAUCACCACUGAGGUCAAGUCUGUUGAGAUGCACCACGAGUCUAUGCCAGAGGCUCUGCCCGGUGACAAUGUUGGCUUCAACAUCAAGAACGUGUCCGUCAAGGAUAUCCGUCGUGGUAACGUGGCUGGUGACAGCAAGAACGACCCCCCAAUGGAGGCCGGCUCUUUCCACGCUCAGGUCAUCAUCCUGAACCACCCUGGCCAGAUCAGCGCUGGAUAUGCACCCGUGCUGGAUUGCCACACUGCUCACAUUGCCUGCAAGUUCGCUGAGCUGAAGGAGAAGAUCGACCGUCGUUCCGGCAAGAAGCUUGAGGACAACCCCAAGAACCUGAAGUCCGGUGAUGCCGCCAUUGUUGAGCUGAUCCCUGGCAAGCCCAUGUGUGUGGAGAGCUUCUCCGAAUACCCUCCCCUCGGUCGUUUCGCUGUCCGUGACAUGAGGCAGACCGUUGCUGUCGGCGUCAUCAAGAGCGUCGAGAAGAAGGCUGCAGGCCAGGGCAAGGUCACCAAGUCUGCACAGAAGGCUGCCAAGUCCAAGUGAACCCCCGUCAGCCGAGCCGCCUCUCAGGCAGUGGGCACUCUACACCCGAGAGUAUCCCUCAACCUGGGCACUCUACUUAAGGACUGGCUAAUGCUGAUUAAAACUCACCGUAAAUAUUUUCGCAGGAAAGGAAACCAACUUGGAGUUAACGUACACACAUGGCUUUGUUAAAUUGACUGUGCCUCUAUCAGUUUUAUUUGAGUUGAAAUGGUUUAGAACUGCAACUGUUUGCCACAGUUAAAUUGGAAGGAAAGCUGCGCGACUAAUAAAGAUCUAAAAAAAUUGAAAACA